UUUUUAAAAAAAUUAAAUUUAUGAUCAAAUACUGGGGCAGUUCAUUUCCUCCCUAGUCCCUAGUGUACCAACAAAGUCGAGUAGUUUCCACCGCAGUGUUGUUUAUUCUCCGGCGACGCACAGUCGGGUCUCCGGUCUUCUUCUCCCUUAAUGUACGGAAGAGAUUUCAUACAUUCAUUCAUCAAACGUGAACCCUAACCCUAAUUGGCUGCUUCGAACUAUGGAAUUGGAGGUACACAAUCACAGUGCUGCUGCUGAACCUCAUCCUAUUCAAGUUUAUAAUGAAAGACUUAAGGAUAUGAUUUCUGGAGGCUCAGAAGACCUUGAUUCGUGGAACACAUUGAUAUCAGUGAUAGAGAAUACCUACCCUGAUGAUAGAAAUACAAUUUGUUUGGCAUUUGAUUCCUUUUUGUCCAAGUUUCCGCUGUGCCACUGGAAUUGGAGAAGAUAUGCCUAUCAUGAGGCACGGUUAUGUAAUGCUGAAAAAGCUGUUGAAAUCUUUGAGCGAGCUGUGGAAUCAACACCAUUUUCUGUUGGUCUGUGGGUUGACUAUUGUACCUUUGCUGUGAGUUCGUUUGAGGAUCCAUUUGAAAUUCGUAGGUUGUUUACCAAAGGAAUCUCCCUUGUUGGGAAGGACUACUUCUGUCAUGUGUUAUGGGACAAGUACAUGUCCUUUGAGUUCUCUCAGGAGAAAUGGGGUUUCCUUGCUCUAGUUUAUGUACAGUCUUUAGGCUUCCCCACAAUGAAGUUGCAUAAGUAUUAUGAGAACUUUAAGAAGUUUGUAACCAAUUUAGAAGAUGAGAUUGUACAUCUCAGUGAUGACAGCCGUGAAGUGCAACUAAAAGAGCUAUCUGAUGCAACAGUUUUGCUAUCGAAUGAAGAAAUUGGUCAAGUUGUUAAGGACCUCCAGGAUCCUAGUGACAAUUCAGUCAGGUUGAUAGCACUAUACAAGUACAGAUACUGUGGAGAUCAGUUAUAUCAGAAAGCUUGUCAACUAGAGGAAAAAAUUAGAAGCUUUGAAUCAAGCAUCCAGAGGCGAUAUUUCCAGGCAACUCCCCUUGACAAUGUUGAGCUGAAGAACUGGCAUGAUUAUCUCGACUUUAUUGAAAAACAAGACGAUUUUGAUUGGGCCCUAAAACUUUAUGAGAGGUGCUUGAUAUCCUGUGCCAACUACCCUGAGUUCUGGAUACGUUAUGUGGAUUUCAUGGAGGCUAUGGGAGGACGAGAGCUAGCGAUGUUUGCUUUAGAACGAGCAACAAAAGUUUUCUCUAAGAAUGUUCCAGAAAUCCAUCUGUUUACUGCUAGAUAUAUGGAGCAAAUUGGAGAUCCAAAUGGUGCUCGCACUUCCUUUCCUCCUAUUAAUACAGAUCGGGACUCCUGUUUCAUUCAAUAUGUUAUUAAUCGAGCAAAUAUGGAAAAACGUCUGGGAAAUCGCGCAGCUGCUUGUGAGAUUUACAAAAGAGCAAUUGAUGUGGCAGCGAAGGAGCAGAAAUUGCAGUGCAUUCCUAUGCUAUACGCUGGUUAUUAUCGUCUCAGACACAUGAUCACUGCUAGUGUGGAGGCUGCAAGAGAUGUAAUAAUUGAUGGAAUACAGCGUUUCCCUGGUUGCAGACUUCUUUAUGAGGAAUUGAUAAGAUUUGCAAUGGCUCAUGAAGGAACUAAGCAAUUGAGCAUAGUAGACUCUGUCAUAGCUAAUGCAAUCUCUCCUGUGUCAGACGUAUCCAAAGAUUUGGAUAUAAAAGAUCGAGAAAGUAUAUCUAUAUUAUUUUUGGAGUUGGUUGAUCUUUGUGGAUCUAUCUCUGAGAUCAGAAAGGCAUGGAGUCGUCACAUUAAACUGUUUCCUCAGUUCAUAAGAACCAAUACCUCAUUGAAACACAUAGGUACUGGGCAGAGUUCACUGAACAGCUUUACUGAACAAAGGAAAAACAUCUCCUAUGUACUAGUUAAUCAGCCAUCAAAAGGACCAAGCUCUGGCCAUAUGAUCCAGCUGACCGAAGGAGAGCAGGCACAUUUACUGCCUCUUAAAGAUGGGAAGCUACCAGAUCAGCUUUCUGCAGAGCUGUCUUUAGCUGUGGUCAAUGGCAAAGAUACGACUGGUAAACAAGGACAGUCAUCUCCCAGAAUGGAAGAUCUAUCCAGUGGAAAUGGCUCUGGGAAAAAUGAGUUGUCUUUUGACCCUGUUGUUCAAUCAAAGGAUGAUUCAUCGACGCCAAUGGAACUAAGUCAUGGUCCAUCACAGCAGAGGAGAGAAGAUUUGCCUGGAUCAAUGGACUUCUCUUAUGAUUCCAUACCCCAACCUGGAGAAGAUGCAUCCAAGUCUCCUGGGCCAGUUUUGGACUUUAAAGAACCCCCGAGGCUCCUUUCUGAUUUAGAAGCCUCACAAAAACACCCAAGUUCAGAAAUUGUCAAUCGAGAUCAGGAUGUUGAGCUUGAACAGCCACCAGUGCCGGUUUCUUUGGAGAAUCUUUCCUUGGUUUCUGGGGAAAGGGAUUCCCAGAACUUCGUCACCAUGCAUUCGGAUGAUCCUGAAAGUGGUGAGGAAAUUCCCGUAUCACACACUGGCAGACCACAAGAUCCUGUAAAUAAUGGAGAUGGACCAGCUAGUUGUUCAUCUCCAUCAACAUGUCUGUAUUCCAAAUCAGCACAAACACAUUCAGGUCCUGUUACUGUUAAAAGUUCACUGCAAGUAAUUGAUACAGCCCCAGUUCCUGAAAGCAGGAGUUCACAGGUGCUCAAUCAACCUGCAGGAUAUGAUCAGCAACAGAAACCACAACGAGCUGCUUCACAAGAACUGCACUUGCUUGAUUCUCGGGGUGAUUCGCAGAUCCAACAGGUCCUGGAUAAGUCUACUGUGCAGUGUCAAUCAGGUACCUCUCAGGAGAAUAUGCGGAGUAACAAAUGCUGGAGAAUGAAUAAUACGCCACAGAAAAUCUCCAUGUCUGGAAACCAUCUCCAGGCGUCUUCCUCACCGGUUUCUAAUUCUCAACCAAGUACAGCUCAACAUUCUGUGCACAAUAGCCCGCAAAUUGGGCCGAAUCCCCAUCAAGAAGCAUUAAAUCAAACAUCACAAGACAUUUCCCUAUCAGAAAACCCCCCUCAAAGGUCUUCUUCACGUGCUUCUUUUUCUCAACCAAAUACACCUCAACAUUCUGGGCAGAGUAGCCAGCAACUUGGGCCCUUACACCACCAGGAAGCACUGAAUCAAACAUCACAACACCAUUACCAGCAGCAGCAUCUUUUGCACUGGCAGUAUCAGCAGCAUCAGCUGCAAAUGCAACAGCCCUACACUAGUAUACAACAGCAACAGAUGCAUCUACAUCCAAGUCAACAGUUGUAUCAGCACCAGCAGCUUAUUCAGCAGCAACAACAGCAACAGAGUCAGCAGCAUACACCUCUACUGCAACAGCAACAAUAUUUCCAGCAAAUUCAGUCGUUACAAUAUUCACAGCAGCAAUAUCUUCUGCACCAGCUACAAUAUUUACCGCAGGCACAGCAACUAUGGCACCAGCAGUUUCAACAGCAAGCACAACAGAUGAAAGCACAGGAAGGCCAGCAAACACAGGAGCAGCAGCAAGAGCAAUAUCGUCAGUCUCAAGAACUUGCAUACCAGAUGCAACAACAUACUUAUCAACUACUCUUGCACCAGUACCAAGUACAGCAACAAGGAUAUCAGAGCAUGCAACAACAACAACAAUGGCAACAACAGGGACAUCUCCAAUUACAGCAGUACUCUCACCUACAACAGCAGCAAUAUCAUCAUCUGGAGCAGCUAACUGAUGAGGAAUACAAUCAAACCCAUCAGGGUCAACAGGUUGUGGAGCAACAUUCUUCAGGAACUCCUGCUCCUGAAUCAGAAUCACCAGAAAUUGCAAGGCAACCACAUUCAGCAGAAAAAGCUAGAUAUUCCGUAUCCCCUUAUAGACGGCCCCCUGCUCAUGGAGUCUCACCUUCACAUAGUACGGGUACAUCGGCAUCAAAAACUUCUUCAUUUUCGAGGAAAAAUUCUUCCCAAGAUAAGUAAAUUUGGAGUAUGCAUGCCCUAGUUAACUCUUGCUGAAGAAUUUUGUGUAGGUAUUUGUAAACCGAGUUCUCUUUAGCCCUCAAACCCAAAGUAGAGUCACAGAAAGGAAAAGAUUCCAAAAUCAAAUCAGUAGAGGUUGUUACUUCUCUGUAUCUCGUGUAUUUUUAGGUUGUUCUGGGACCUCAAAUGUAUCUACUCAAUAGUCUAACGUACCUCUCACUUUCUAAUAUUAUGGUUGUUAAAUGAGAGAGCUGGAUUAUGUUUGGACAAUCUAAAGCAUUUUCAGCUAAUUUAACAUGAUAAUUUGAUCAAAGUUUAGUCAAGUAGGGUUUGGUUUGGUCACCAGUGAAUUGAAUAGGUCAUAAUCCAACUUGUCAAACUUAAGUAGUUGUAGCUUUCUUAGUCAAAAUCAGCAUUAGCUUGUAAUCAGAUGCAGUUUGCUUAAUGAGUUACCGGCAUGAGCAAA